AUGGUUUUCCAAACUAUUUUACUUCAUUUUCAACCAUUUUUGGUUCUCUCUAAAACUGAUCAAAAUCAAAUAAGACUAGUACAAUAAGAGAAGGUUUUGAUUGAUUAAGGCUUGGCUUCGAUUUGGGAAAGAAGAAUCUGAUAGAUGGAGAUUCAUGGUAUAUCUCAUUGGGAAAUAAAAACAGAUGGUUAAACGACGACGUUUCUGAUUUUGUCGUAAAAAUAAGGUAAACUUUGUUAAGUAGUCAACGCAGCCAAAAAGUCAAAACAUUCAGCUCAUCCUCCUCCUCUUCCCUUCGAAAAGCUGCCAUAGAUGAAUCUUUUUCUAACAAGCUUUGCAUUACUCUUCUUCUUCUUCAACUCAUCGCUUUCUCUGCGCAACCUCACCGUCGAUCCAUGUGAUCCAACGGUCCAGCAUGACCCGCGGACGCUCCGAUCAGACAAAAUCACAGUCCUCAUCAAUGGCUACUCCGAAUCCCGCACCCCUCUCCUCCAAUCAAUCGCCGCCAAGUACUCAGCUGCCCCAUUCGUCUCAGCAGUGCUUGUCCUCUGGGGAAACCCGUCCACCCCGACCCAAACUCUAGCUCGAUUAUCCCACAAUCUCACACUCUCGUCAUUCGGCGGCGCCACCAUUUCCCUCGUCCGGCAACGAUCGAGCAGCCUCAACGCCCGGUUCCUCCCCCGAACCGCCAUUCGAACCGUCGCCGUCUUGAUCUGCGACGACGACGUUGAGAUCGACGGCAAGUCGUUGGCGUUCGCUUUCAGAGUGUGGGAAUCGAACCCCAGCCGUCUGAUCGGGUUCUUCGCGAGAUCGCACGACAUAGAUUUGUCGAGGAAGGAGUGGAUCUACACCGUUCAUCCGGACAGGUACUCGAUCGUGCUCACCAAGUUGAUGAUGAUGAGAAGCGAUUACCUGUUUUCGUACAGCUGCGGAGGUGGGCCCGUAAUGGGCCGGAUGAGAAGCGUGGUGGAUCGGGCCCGUAAUUGCGAGGACGUACUGAUGAACUUUGUGAUAGCGGAUGAGUCUAAGGCCGGGCCCAUCUUGGUGGGGGCAAAAUGGGCCAGGGAUUGGGGUGACAAAAGAAACGAGGAGGAGGACGGUGGUGAUGGGCGGCGGAGAUUGAAGGGUGCGGUGGCUGAGGUUGGGUUGAGUAGUCGGAGAGGAGAGCACAGGAAGAGGAGAGGGAAAUGCAUAAACGAGUUUCAUAGAGUGCUUGGAAGAAUGCCAUUGAGGUAUAGCUAUGGCAAGGUUGUGAAUUCAGUGGGUGAACAAGGGUUGUGCCGGAAAGGAGGGAAACUAGUGUUCUGUGAUCACUGAUACCCAUUUUUGGCAAAGCUUCAGAAAGCUACUUCCAUGUCUCAGUUUCUAUCAAAGUUGUCUGCCAAAACAUCUGAGUCACCUUCAACAAAAUCAUCCUCCUUCAGUUUGAAGCUCAUACUCAAAGUUAUAUUAGUGGCUGGAAAAUGAAUGGCUGUUGUUGGAAGUUCUAUUUGGAAUAACAUCACAAGUAGUUCUAUGUACGCACUAUGAACUAACUAAUUUCAUUCGUAGGGUAAACACUCGGAUUCCAAAUUCAUUUUGAAAUAAUUUUAUUUUACUUGUUUCAGUUUUGACAAUGUUAAAGAACUUGACCAAAGUACUUGUAUAAUGUCAUUGCACACAAUUUUUUGGUAGGGAACUCUCACCAUAUGCAAGUGGAGAUUUGAAAUUCUUUAAUGAAUGAGUUGAGGUCUCUGAGAAUUUUUUUUUUAAAACCAAUUAUUCAAUCAAA